UCACAGUAAAAGAAGUAAAGCAACUGAAACGUGUAUCAGCUGAGCUGGCUGAUGAGAAAAUACUGUUCCACAGUUUAGAGUAUUCUAGUAGACUGCAGGGAUGGAGAAUGAUAUUCUUGUGUCUCUUGAAGAUUUGGGGUACCAAGGCCCUCUGUUGGAGGAAGGAGCUCUGGACUCUGCUGUGAGCGGCGGAGCAGCUUCACCUGAGUUCACUAAGCUCUGUGCCUGGAUUGUGUCAGAGCUUCGAAUCUACUGCAAACUCGAGGAAAAUGUCCAUGCCACUAACUGUCCGAGUGAAGCGGAGAGCUUCCAGCUGGAGAUGAGCGGCCUGCUGUCAGAGCUCGUCUGUCCUUACCUCGUCCUUACCAGCGGAGACAUCACCCAGAGGCUCCUCAGCAGGACCGAUUGUGUUCUGCUCCUCACUUUUCUGGUGUCUGAGUUGGAGGCAUCGAGGAUGAUCCUGGUGAACAAGCCUCAGCAGAAAGCCCAGGAGUCUGGCAGCCCCGUGUUCCAAGAGCUGAAGGGUAUCUGCAUGGCACUGGGCAUGUCCAAGCCUCCAGCCAACAUCACCAUGUUCCAGUUCUUCAGUGGAAUAGAGAAGAAGCUGAAAGAAGCUUUAAGUCGAGUCCCACCAAAUCACACAGGAGAACCUUUGUUGAAGAAGGCCCUUGGACCUGUGCACUUGGAAAAAAUUGAAGCUAUAAACCAAGCAUUAGUAAACGAGUAUGAAGUUAGACGGAAAAUGUUGUUGAAGCGUCUCGAUGUGACAGUGCAGUCCUUCGGCUGGUCUGACAGAGCAAAGACACAUUCAGACAAGCUGAGCAAAGUUUACCAGCCACUGCGUUCUGCCCUCAACACCAAAAGUAAAAUCUCUGUUUCCCACCUUCUGGCUGCUCGGCAAGACUUCUCCAAGAUUCUCCGCACAAGCUCUGGAAAGAUCAGAGAGAAGACUGCUUGUGCCAUUAAUAAGGUUCUGAUGGGUCGAGUGCCAGACAGGGGAGGCCGGCCGUGUGAGAUUGAGCCUCCACCCCCAGAGAUGCCCUCCUGGCAGAAGCGUCAGGACGCUCCCCAAGGCGGAGGACACUAUGGUGGGGGUGGGCAUGGAGGUGGCAGGGGGGGCUACGAUCACUACUCCCAAGGUGGCCGCGGAGGUUAUGAGAGAGGAGGCGGUGGAGGACACGGAGACAGGGGAGGUAGAGGAGGAGGUGGCAGAGGGGGGAAGGUGCAGGGAGGCUGGGGAGACGGAGGUGGAGGAGGGAGAGGUGGUUACAACCAGGGCCACUAUCAAGAUGCAGGAGGCCAUCAGGGAGGUGGAGGGAGAGGAAGUUAUGGAGGAGGAGGAGGAAACCACCAAGGAAGCUUCCAGGACUCCGGCUACCAUGGAGGAGGCGGUUACCAUGACAAUUAUCACCAAGAUGGAGGCUGGCAUCAGGAGAGAGGCGGGGGAAGAGGACGAGGUGGUAGGGGAAGAGGAGGCAGAGGAGGACAAGGAGGAGGCUGGGGAGGGAGAGGGGGUCAGAGUUUUAACCAAGGAGGACAGUUUGAACAGUUCUUCCAGCAUGGCGGGCAGCACUACAACCAAGCUGGCUUUAAUCAAGGCAGACACUAUACUAGUUGAAGAUACAGUUUGAGGGCAUCGCAGCAGAGUCCAGAUGGACUACUUCUCAUUCAUGAACUAAUCUGAAAUGCCUUAUCAUCUGAGCUUAAAUUUUCAGCAUGCUUGAAGUUAACUAAAAUGUUAAAUGAGGAACUCCGACAUACACAUAAACAGAUACUGUAUACAUUCACUGUAGACUGUUACGGAGUUCUAAAGUCCUUUCGCUUUUUCUUUCAGUGUGUUUUCUUUGCCCGGUCAACAUAGGUUUUCUAAUCAACAGUUCUGCUAUAAAUAGUUAGUCGAUUACUUGGACUCUGCUGUUUUGACCUCAGCUUGAUGCAUAAUUCGCCUUAUAUUGAAAAUGUGGGACACUUUUUUUGAAAACCAGAAAGGUUCCUAAAGUUUCAGUGUUGCUGCACCUACUGUGUAUUGGACAUCAGAAGUGCACAUCGUUAUUACAUGUAGGAUUCUUGAAAUUCUUAUAGUUUCAUUGAAUUUAAUGACUACUUGAAAACAUUUGAAUUUUUCCAGUCUUACUUUGUUUCAAUAGAUCUGGCUGGAAUCUCCUUUGUUACUUAUUUAAAAGAUGCCAUCUUGUACUGCUCAUAGAAGAUUGUGUGCAUACGGAUAUGGAUGUUGGAAGGUUUGCAUGGAUGUAUGAAUGAGCAAUAAAAGCUUAAAUUAAAAUUUUA